GUGUCUGCGUCUCUCUGCCUCUCUCCAUCGCCACCACAGCUCUGUGAGCUACUUUGCGCACGGCCAGUCACACACACCGAGCAUUGCAUCGACUCCAAGAUGGCGAAAGCACGUCUGACUUGCCUCCUGGCUCUCCUCACAACUCACUGUGUCCUCACUGUGUUAGCGGUGGAGCUAAAGACAGACAAUGCCUCACCGUGGACCAAUGAGUUUGACAAAAUCGAGUUAUCGUGUGUGAUUGAGUCCAUCUCUACAGUGAGGCCCAGAGUGGAAUGGAAGAAGAUUACAGUCGGUGGACCAAGUUAUGUGUUCUUUGACAACAAAAUCAUAGGCGAUCUCGAGAACCGAGCGAUAUUCAGAGAACCCGCCUCGCUACUGAUACUCAACGCCACGAGAUCUGACACCGCGAAGUACCGCUGCGAGGUCACUGCUGUUAAUGACCAGAAGUCAUUUGAUGAGAUUGUGAUCGAUCUCGUUGUAAGAGUGAAGCCCGUGGUGCCGAAAUGCUUUGUCCCCAAAUCGGUGCCGUUUGGGAAACCGGCUGAGCUGAGCUGCGUGGAGGAGGAGGGUUUCCCCGACUCUCAGUACCAGUGGUUCAAGAACAAGGAGGAGAUUCCCGACGACCCAAAGAGCAGCCUGAAGUUCUUCAACUCCUCGUACAUUCUCAACGCGGAAAAGGGAACUCUGAAGUUCACUGCGGUCAGGAAAGAAGAUGCAGGAGAGUACUUUUGUCGAGCGAGGAACGACGCGGGACAAGCUGAGUGUCUACCCCAGAAAAUGGAAGUGUUUGAUCUGGACUUGGUGGGGAUUUUGCUGGGAGUGCUGGUGGUGGUUGUCGUGCUCCUGUGUAUAACAGUAGGCAUCUGCUGUGCGUACAAGAAAGGCUACUUCUCCAGUCAAAAACAGACAGGAAACAAUUACAAAGUUCCAGCCAGAGGAGAUGGAGUGGACUACGUCAGGACGGAAGACGAGGGGGAUUUCCGACACAAGUCGUCAUUUGUGAUCUGAGGUGGGAGAGGACGCAGAGGGGGGGCACUGUGCUGAGCGAGAGACGGGACACGUGGGAGCACGCUCCACACUGUCUGACCACGGAGCCGCCAACAGCCCAUGCUCUCAGCGCGCAGCGCAACCGAAGCCCAACAACUCGAGUUUGCCAAAGGUGACAAGACCUCACAGAACAACAUGUACAGCUAUUGCACGCAUAGGGACUGGGUUGAGUUUGUCAACUCUCAUCACCACCAGCUGAAUUGUUUUGCUACAUUAUGGAGCUCUAGACAGUAACUGCAUGGUUUUUCAACACCGAUGUAAGCGGAGGACAAAGAGGCAUAUCUCUCUCUCUCUCUCUCUCUCUCUCUCUCUCGCUCUCUCCUCUAAAGUCACUCUAUCCAUGACGUGUUUCUACUGUAAAACUUUUCGCUUCAAAAACUCUUUGUCAUUUGUAUAACGUUUCUUUUUCUACUGUUGAAAUUUGUCAGACUAUUUUUGAUGGAAUAUAUUUUAAAAUGCCUAUAGAUAAAGGUUUACUUUUUUAAAUAUUUGUAAAAUACUAACAUGUGUUCUUCUUUUUUUUAUGAUUAUUAUUAUUAUUAUUAUUUGAUUGUGGAUUGAAGAAAAAAAAAAGAGAAAAAAGUGUCGUACUUUAACCACUUUGCGUUCAGCAUUUACACGUUUGCAGUCUGAACAAAAAGAAAGGAAAAAAAAAAAGACUUGUGUUAGCAUAUCAUGACGUGAUCGGCAGUCUUAUUAUGUAAUGUCUCAACCGGGCGAGGGGGUCGGGUAGUGUAGCUUCCAUGUGGGUGUUUGUAGAUAGUAAGAGGUUUUGGAGAGUGCCAGUCAAAUGCUGUGAAACACUGUCCACAAUCAGUGCUGCGUCUUCUUCAUUUUAAGUGUCCUUCUAUGCUUGUUGUCGGUCUUGUAUAUAUUGAUCUUGCUGUCCGAGAUACAUAGUUUUGCUGUCACACAUUAUGUUCAGUAUUUCAACUAUAAUAAUAAUAAUAAUAAUAAUGAUUAAAAGAUAAUAAUAACAAUAAUUAUAAUAAUACAGGGUUUGCGAGUUAACCUUCCAGAUCUAGAACAAACAAACAAACAGUGGAGCUACAACCAAACUACUCACAUCUACUGCGGUCAACACUAACCCGGACAUUUUAAUCCCACUAAAUUGGAAGCGUUUGGAAACACUGCUGGCUCAGUUUUACUUUUUUUAAAAAAAGAGAUGUUUGGAAGCGCAAUGAAUUACCCACAUUUGCUCCCUGAUCUUCACUUUUUAUUUAUUAUAUUUAUGAGUUUUUUAUCAAAAGUGCUGUUAACACUCAGUCUAAUGAAAGUAACCCAUGCUCUUUUUUUUGUUCUGAAACAAAACAACUGCAGAGAUGAAAAUCCAAGAGCUGUUAGUGUGUUUAUCGUGGUAUGGACCGUUCACAUGGAGGCACAAACGAGAGCAAGUCUUUUAAUACUCGACCCAAAGAAGUAGUUAACUCCAAAGGAUGCACCCAGUUGUUUUUCACUCUUUUUCCUCCAUAUUAUGUGCAAACAACAAAGCUGGAGUGAGAGAGAAAAACAACUGCAACAGCAACUCCAGUCACCUAAGCAGCUCCCAUGUUUUGGAUGCUUUGCUUAAAAAUAUUUCUGUCUCCUUACACGCAUCAUUUUUCAAGGAUUUUUUUUAGACGCUGCGUGUGAACGGCUUCUCACUGUGACAUGUCAUCAGCGCCGGGAUUAUUUAAAAACUAUAAUUUAAGGUGCCAACCACAGCAGGAGACACACAGAGGAGACUCUCUCUCUCUCUCUCUCUCUCCUCUGACCUGAAUCCUUUAUGAAUUAUUUUCUGAUGCCUCAUUUGUCUAACUCAUGCUUAAUUAGAGCAGAGCUGGUAUAACAAACAUGUUUGUCCUUUUAGUUGGAACUAAAAGGACACACAUAUCUGGGGUCUGGAGGGUUAACAGUGUUUCUGAUUGUACAUAGAUUAUUCUUUUUCUCUUUCUCUCUUUCAAGAUUAUUAAGUGGUGAACAUGUAAAACAACCCAAAACAAAUGCUAUUGGAGGCGAUAUGAAACUCUUACCAUUUGUAAUACUGAAAAAACGUAACAUUUUUAUCAUCAUUCGUAACAACAAAGCCACCAGCUGUAAUCUACAACCAGAUUUUAUUAUUCCAGACGGCUCUCAAAUUCUUAUUGAAACAAUUGAAUUAACUAAAACAUGACUUUUAACUAUUAUGGUUCGUGGCUAAGGAUCAGAUUCGUACCUACAGAUUCUGCACAUUAACACGGAGAAACCGUUUAUAGCAGAGUUCUCAAACUCAAAUUUAAGCACUAUUUAUCAUGACAUGAUUUUAUUAUGAAAUUUGGUGAAAAGACCAUCGGAAAUAUUGUUAUUUCGCUAUAUUUUUCUCCAAAACUUGGGACAAACUAGACACUCAGUGGUAAUUUGACCCUUUGUUUGUCAUAUUUUUUACGUCUUUUACUGCCUUUUUGUUUUUAAGCAGCUGGUGUAAGCGUUAUGGUAAAAUGUAAACCGAGUAUCAGUCGUGGUAGAGACGAUCAGCCCGACGUUUGCACAUAGUAGCUCAUCCUUCUAUUUUUUUCAUUCUCCUUAACAUGUUCAAUCAACCAAGAGAUGAAAAAAAGUACCAUUAAACAAAUAAACCCAGUUAAUGACAGGUUCAUGUGACCUUUAUUCCUUCUUAAGUGCUUUUAAAGCAGCAGCAGUAGUUUGACCGUGCUCUCUGAGAGGAAUGAUGUCACCACAAAUCUCCACUUUUUGCUUCUUUACAUAUCUGCAAAUUUGUACAUAGUGUUGUUGUUGUUUUUUUUCCAUAGAUUUGAAGGCGCAGACAUGUUCUAAACCAGUAGAUAUAGAAAUAUAUUAGUGCCUAAUAAUAUAGUGUGAAUUAUUUUUGGUAAAGAUAUAAAUAUGGUACUAAAAUAUUAGGCUUAAAAAAGGAAAGGAGGGUGGUGGAAAAUAAAGCCUUUCCAUUUAUAAUGAUCGUUCAGUUAUGGCUGGAUGCUGAUAGUGAUUCUAAUAUUUGCGUCACACUGUGCGCUGGUGUUAAAGGGCACGUUGGCCUCUACGUCAGCGCUCGCCGCUCAUCCUGUAAACAAAAAAGGUGAUUAUUCUGAACGGCACUCUGUGAAGUAGAAUGUUUCUUUACGGCUUGUUGUUUUUCUUUUCUUUUCUUUUGUUUUUUUUUAUUUUAAUUACUCAAUUUGUGAUUAAUAAACUCACUUCCUAUGUUACUGGA